UAACAACGGCGUCGGUCGAAACCCUGGGGGCUGCAGGGGGCGUUUUCUAUCCCUCUUUCCUGGUUUUGUCUGGGGGUUGGAGGAGACGAGCUCGUCUGUACGCACUUCACGGCGCUUCCGUCGGUUUCCUUCAGAAACUUGGAAACUGCAGGCGAUGGACGAACACUAAAAGCGCCUCGCACCCCUUUCCGUCUCUUCCUUUCCCUUCAUACCACCCUUUCCUCGAAGGCGUCGCGUUUACCGAAACGAGAAGCAUCACCAUGAGCGUGCUGCCCCCUGUGCGGAAAGACCGCGUGAUCGGCCGGCUUCCCAAGUGCUUCAGUAAAGGCGCCGCUCUGAACACAGAGGACGAGUUCCAGGGCAAGGUGAAGACGGCCUGCCAGCAGCAGAGGACGGGAACUGUGGGUAGGUUUAAGAUCUCCAAGGUCAUUGUAGUGGGCGAUCUGGCGGUGGGGAAGACCUGUUUGAUCAACAGAUUUUGUAAAGACGUCUUUGACAAAAAUUACAAGGCCACCAUUGGCGUGGACUUUGAAAUGGAGAGGUUUGAAGUUCUCGGGGUCCCUUUUAGCUUACAGCUGUGGGACACUGCGGGACAAGAGAGGUUUAAAUGCAUUGCCUCUACGUACUACAGAGGAGCUCAAGCUGUAAUCAUUGUGUUUGAUCUGACUGAUGUGGCUUCGCUGGAGCAUACAAGGCAAUGGCUGGAGGACGCAAUGAAAGAGAAUGAUCCUACCAGUGUAUUACUCUUCUUGGUUGGCACAAAGAAAGAUCUGAGUUCUCCUGCACAGUAUACACUGAUUGAGCAGGAUGCCAUUAAACUGGCAGAUCAGAUGAAAGCAGAGUACUGGGCUGUGUCUGCUUUGUCUGGGGAGAAUGUGAGAGAGUUUUUCUUCAGAGUGGCAUCUUUAACAUUUGAGGCCAAUGUUCUGGCAGAACUGGAGAAAAGUGGAUCCAGACGUAUUGGAGAAGUUGUUCGUAAGUGCAUUAAAGAUCACCAAAAGUUGCUGAAAAAUGUACUCACCUUCAGACCAUCCGAGAUGCGGACGGGUUUCGGGGAGCAGCGCUCACCAGUGGAUCCUUCGGAGUGAAUGGGUGCCGUCGGAAUGAGACACAGCUGAUAAAAACAUCACAGCAUUAUGACGGCACCCAUUCACUGCAGAGUAGCUAAUGUAAUGCUACAUUUCUCCAAAUCUCGUUAAAUUGAACAAAAAAACUCAUCUGCAUCCCGGAUGGCCUGUAGAACAAUAUACUUUCAGCCAUAUUUCAUUUUCAUUUUUUCAUCGACGUUAUUUAAUCCACUGGAAUUUUAUUGCAUGAUGAAAAAAAAGGUAAUUAGAUUAUUAUUUCCCCUGCCUGAAUGUGAACUGAAUUUAUUAAAAGAGAAAAAUCAUUACAGAGUCAGACAUUAUUACAUAUGAAAAGAUAACGAAGCAGUGAUUUUCUGUAGAAUACGAUGCACAGAUGAACAAUACAUAGUUAUAAACUUCUUAUUUAAUGCAAUGAAACUUUUUUUUCUCCUCACAGAAAUCAACAGCAACUCAAAUAACCUGUAUGCAACUUCUAAGAAGAAACAGACCAACUGUUGUCAGUAAAGAGCGGUCAUGUGAAAAUGCAAUCGUUUGCACCAGCAUAUAAUGGUACCAAAGGAAAACACACACACGGAUGUACUAUGCACGUACGUAGGGAGAGUCUACAUGAGAACAGAUGCACAAUAUUUCAACUAUGAGACUGUAGAGAGCAGCGUUUUUUAUAUUUAUAGAGUGUAACUGAAUAUCUGCUGCAUGAAAGAAAACAUUCCUUGAUGGGAAUCCCGUAAAGAGCUCUAUGCACAAUCAUCAUCAGUGAUUAUUAUACUGUGCUAAUUAAAAGUAAUAUUUUUAUUUGGCAUUUUGCUCAGUUUACAUUCAGUAGUGAUUUUAAAAGCUACACAGGAGUAUCACGCACGAGUUGCACAAAAAGCAAUAAACAGCGAUAAAUAUAUUUUUCUAUAUCUAUAUCCUGUUUAUUAAAAGGGUCGUUUUCCUUGAACUUUUAUAGAUUUU